ACAGGGGAGAAGCCAUAUAAGUGUCUGGAGUGUGGAAAGAGCUUUAGUGCGAGCUAUAGACUUAGUAUGAAUCAAAGAACCCACACAGGAGAGAAAUCAUAUGAAUGCAUAGAGUGUGGAAAGAGCUUCAGUGAUAGUGGAACACUUUCCUCCCAUCAAAGAACCCACACAGGAGAGAAACCAUAUAUAUGCCUACAGUGUGGGAAAAGUUUCAGUUGGAGGCACCACCUUACUUCACAUCACAGAACCCACACAGGGGAAAAACCUUAUAAGUGUCUGGAGUGUGGAAAGAGUUUCAGUCGUAGUGAAAGUCUUACUUUACAUCAAAGAACCCACACAGGAGAGAAACCAUAUAAAUGUAUGGAAUGCGGAAAGACCUUUAGUGUGAGCUGCAAACUUAAUUUGCAUCACAGAACCCACACAGGAGAAAAACCUUAUAAGUGUCUGGAGUGUGGAAAGAGUUUCAGUCGUAGUGAAAGUCUUACUUUACAUCAAAGGACCCACACAGGAGAGAAACCAUAUAAAUGUAUGGAAUGUGGAAAGGCCUUUAAAGAUAGAGGCCAACUUACUUCACAUCACAGAACUCACACAGGGGAGAAGCCAUAUAAAUGUAUGGAAUGCGGAAAGAGUUUCAGUCAUAGUGGAAGCCUUACUUUACACCAAAGAACCCACACAGGGGAGAAGCCAUAUGAAUGUAUGGAGUGUGGAAAAAGCUUCAGAUAUAGAGGAGGUUUAACUAAACAUGAAAUAACCCACACAGGAGAGAAACCCUACAAAUGCAUAGAGUGUGGAAAAAGUUUCAGUUGGAACCGAAGCCUUACUUCACAUCACAGAACCCACACAGGGGAGAAGCCAUAUAAGUGUCUGGAGUGUGGAAAGAGUUUCAGUCAGAGUGGAACUCUUACUUCACAUCAAAGAACCCACACAGGAGAGAAACCAUAUAAAUGUAUGGAAUGUGGAAAGACCUUUAAAGAAAGCGGCAAACUUACUUUGCAUCAUAGAAGCCACACAGGAGAUAAACUAUAUGUAUGCAUGGAGUGUGGAAAGAGUUUCAGUGAUAGUGGAAGGCUUACUUUACAUCAAAGAAUUCACACAGGGGAGAAGCCGUAUAAAUGUAUGGAAUGUGGAAAAAACUUCAGAAGUAGAGGAGAGUUAACUAAACAUGAAAGAACCCACACAGGAGAGAAACCAUACAAAUGUUUAGAGUGUGGAAAGAGUUUUAGUGUGAAAUCUAAACUUACUUUGCAUCAACGAACCCACACAGGAGAGAAACCAUAUGAAUGCAUGGAAUGUGGAAAGAGCUUCAGUGAUAGUAGAAACCUUUCCUCCCAUCAAAGAACCCACACAGGAGAAAAACCAUAUAUAUGCACAGAGUGUGGAAAGAGUUUUAGUGUGAAAUCUAAACUUACUUUGCAUCAACGAACCCACACAGGAGAGAAACCAUAUGAAUGCAUGGAAUGUGGAAAGAGCUUCAGUGAUAGUAGAAACCUUUCCUCCCAUCAAAGAACCCACACAGGAGAAAAACCAUAUAUAUGCACAGAGUGUGGGAAAAGUUUCAGUUGGAGCCACAGCCUUACUUCACAUCAAAGAACCCACACUGGAGAGAAGCCAUAUAAGUGUCUUGAGUGUGGAAAGAGUUUCAGUCAUAGUGAAAGGCUUACUUCACAUCAAAGAACCCACACAGGAGAGAAACCAUAUAAAUGUAUGGAAUGUGGAAAGACCUUUAAAGAAAACGGCAAACUUACUUUGCAUCAUAGAACCCACACAGGAGAGAAACCAUAUGUAUGCAUGGAGUGUGGAAAGAGUUUCAGUGAUAGUGGAAGGCUUACUUUACAUCAAAGAAUUCACACAGGGGAGAAGCCGUAUAAAUGUAUGGAAUGUGGAAAAAACUUCAGAAGUAGAGGAGAGUUAACUAAACAUGAAAGAACCCACACAGGAGAGAAACCAUACAAAUGUUUAGAGUGUGGAAAGAGCUUUAGUGUGAAAUCUAAACUUACUUUGCAUCAACGAACCCACACAGGAGAGAAACCAUAUGAAUGCAUGGAAUGUGGAAAGAGCUUCAGUGGUAGUAGAAACCUUUCCUCCCAUCAAAGAACCCACACAGGAGAAAAACCAUAUAUAUGCACAGAGUGUGGGAAAAGUUUCAGUUGGAGCCGCAGUCUUACUUCACAUCAAAGAACCCACUCUGGAGAGAAGCCAUAUAAGUGUCUUGAGUGUGGAAAGAGUUUCAGUCAUAGUGAAAGGCUUACUUCACAUCAAAGAACCCACACAGGAGAGAAGCCACAUAAGUGUCUGGAGUAACAUCUCACUGCACACCAAAGAACCCACACAGGGAAGGAAACAAAAAUGUAUGAAGUGUGGAAAGAACUUCAGUCAUAGCAAAAACAUUACUUUAUAUCAGAUGAAGUGGCUGCAUCAUGGCCCUACCUUCAGACUGUGUCCCUGGACAUUAUCCCUUCCCCUAGAAGCUGUUGACAUGGACUCCGACAGAAACAGUAAGCAAGGUUCAUUACU